GUUUUGUGUUUGAGUGAUGUCUGGGAAGGAAAUUAUGAGAAGUUUUGAGAAUUUCUCGUCUCAUCUCAUUACGCAAACAUGCCCUUAGUUUCGGAGAGCAUGGGACUUGAACCAUGAUGUUUAACUUUGGCAUAUGUUCGCUGAAAGGUUAUUCUAAACGCUUCAACUAUUGAGAAAACGUAUUUGUAAGUAUUCCAAUAUUUCAUAGAAAAUGACAUCUCCAAUCAACACAAUGUUUUGUGUUUUUUUUGUGUAAUAUACAAAAAGAGGGGAAGUUAGAUCUCAUUUGAUGAUGAUGUGAUUGUGCUAUUUUUUCUACUCUCAUGAGAGAGUAUUUAGAAAAACCUUCCUCAAAAGAGGUUUCUAUCUUUGCGAUGACAGCCGAAGAACAUGUUUUUACAGCAAAAAAUUAUAAGGGGAAGCAAUAAUUAUCAAUUGGUUAUUAUAUGUGUAUAGAGAUAUGGUUAACAGAACGAGCAUUAUCUGGAGGGCCAAACACUGAAUGAAAUAUUGGCAUGGGGUUUAGGAAAUUUCAAUUCCAUUUUGGCUCCUUCUUUGUGGGGGUUUGUGGCACAUAAUUGGGUUCAACUCCCCCAUCCCCUUUGUGGCAAAGCCCCUUUUGAGGAAAAAGUCCAAUGCUCACUGCACGACUUUCUGAUACAAAAAGAGGGAGAAAAUUGCCGGCAAAAGACUUUUUCGAUCUCCAUUCUCCUAGCCAUGCCUUUGUAGUGCCUUCAUCUGGAGUUGUGGAAUUAACAAGCAGCAGUGCUGGUGGUCUAAUCCAUUCGAGUCGAGAUUGCUGUGCCAUUGCACUUAUCUCAGUUGUUUUCCUGCCGCAAGGAAAUCCUUUCUGACUGUGUUACAAAGUCUAAUCAAAUCAACAUUCACAGCUAAGACAUUGUCCGGUAGCUACGUUCUUUAGGACAUUGGUCUACGUUUUUGUGGGGAGUAAGGGGUAUUGCCAAACUCAAUUUUAGAGAUUCUUGCAGGGCAUUUUUGGAAGGGGGAGAUAUGGUGUGCUUAGAGAGUAGCACACCUUUUUUCCAUUUGGUGUGAUAUCUAAGGCUAUGGAUAUUAGGAAAUUUGAAGGCAUGGGGUCAAUGCUCUUGAGUACACCUAUUUUAUUAGGCAUUCUGGUCGGAUAACCUGUUCUUUGACUUGGUUAGUGAUGUGUUUGUGUAACUUAUAAAAAAAAAGUGAUGUGUUUGUGUAACAACCCGAUCCAAUGUUAUUAGGGAUUGAAUAAGGGCAAUUUUAUUGGGCCUAAAUUAGGUUUCAUGGAUCAUUUUAGAUAAGCCCAUGAGCUAUAUUUUAUUGAGGUUGGCUAAGAAUUUUAAUUAGGCUCAUAGACCCAAAAGUUUAUUUUAAGGCCCGUUAAGGUUUAGUGGAUGAAUUUGGCUGGUAUUAAUAGGCUAAUAUAUUUGGAAAGCCCAAUUGAGGGUUAUUGGACAACUUUGAAUAGGCUAUGGGCCCAAAAAUUUAUUAUGGCAGAUCAUGGAAAAUUUUUUUUUGAUAAGUAAGAAGUAAAUAUUAUUGAUACGAAUGAAAUAGGCAUAGCCUUUGUACACAUGAAGUAUACAAAAGAACACCUAAAAACAUUCUAGGAUAAAGCCCAAUUAAUACUGGGCUUAAGAAUUAGGAUAAAGCCCAAUUAAUACUUAUGGACCAAGUGGGCCCCUAUUUAAUAUGUAUUAGGCCCAAGAAUUUAUUUUAAAAGCCCAAAAAUAUUUAUUGGACAAGUUGGGCUUGUUUUGGACUCAAGACCCAAAACCUAUAAAAAUGGGCCCAAAGACCAUGACCCAGCAACUGGAAAACCCUAGACCUAAACACCCCUAGACCGGCAUGUAUAUAAGCCUUCCUCAUGCACAUAGGACAUCAUCUUCAACCUAGGGCUGCCGCUCAACCUGCCUUCCCUCUCAACCUAUGCCACACAGCGAGUCCCCCACCACAUGCUCCUCCAUGCCGUAGUUGGAUGAUCCGCACCACAACAAAUAGCCACACACAGCAACCAGUCCAAGGCAAAACAAUUGCACCAAUCGUAAGCCCCUUAACACGCUUUGCACCCCCACGAGCCGCUGCUGCUCCCCCUCUCAGGCGUAAACCACUGUGCCUCACCAUCUCUCAUUUGAGAACCACUCAGCCCCAACCGAAAUCGAGAGUCUGUCACCCUCUGUUGUGCACAAAUUGAAUAGAGCACCACGUACAGUGCCAAGUCGCUGUCGUUCUCCACUCUAUGUCUCACCACGAAUCCACCAAACCACCCACAUGCUGCCCAACAACCACUGAGCAACGUGGGUCUUCCUCUUUAACUCCGAUUGCAGUGACCAUACGUGAGACCAUAACCGAAGCAAAGGAUGAUCUCAACCCUCUGUGUGCAUGCACCAUUGCUCCUCCUCCUUUUCUGCUCUCCUCAACUUCCACGGACAGCACCAUGAGCCGCCUCGCUUUCACUCCAUGACAACCCUACGCCCAAUCAUAAACCAACCUUGAGCCUCAUAGUUGCUCUCAUGUUGGACAUUGCAUUGAGAAGACCAACUAACCACGGCCAGCAUUUACUUCUCAUGGUUGUAGCCACCUAACUCCACCCAUAGUCAUGGCCAACUCCUCUUAAUCUUGGUGAUGCUCCUUGUCUUCCUCCCUGUGCGGUGAUGAUCGAUAUUCGCUUGGUACUGUUGUGAGGUAACUCAGAGAUGUUAAAAAGUUCAGUCUUGGCUGCUGGUUUGAUUGCUUAGAGGACCUUCUUUCAUACGGAUGUUCUUGAAUCAAGGCUGUGGUACAUAUUUGAAGUACAGAUCAAAUGCCCUCAUUAAAAAUGAAGACCAAACUGAGCACAAGCUGUUUCAAAGAAACAAAUGGUCUUCAUGUAUGUCCAAAGUCAAGUAAAAUUUCCAAAAACUCUUGCUCGUAUGUCAGGAUUUCUGAACAAGCAGCAGAAUUUGACUCCUUUAUUCAUAAAUGUCAGGAUGUUUCUUCAAGCACACAAGUGUCCAUGAAGAACAUUGAAAGUGAUGAAGCAAUUGACCAUGAAGAGUUCCUGGAUAAAGAAAAUUAUCAGUUUCAGAAGCAGCCAUCAUUUUUUGUUGAUUCUGCAAUCAUCGGGAGAAUGGAAUCUACCCAUAGUUCAAGCCUAGGGACGAUUUUUUCCCCUUCUUUGGAGCCCAUUACCAAAUCUAAAGCUGAUGAUGAUGCAGGGAACAACAAAGAUCCUGACAUACCACUGUUGGGAGCCAAUGACACUGAUGAUAAUAGAAGUUCAUCUGAUUACCAAACUUGUGAUGUAUCAGAUUUCUACAUAUCUGACAUGAUUGUUACUAGCUUACCCUUCAAUGGGCAUGCAUUUGACGAUGACAUUAGUGAGGGCAAUUGCUUUCCUGAUUACAAAUGUGCUGAGCCAAGUUUGUUGUUUGAUGUGGCUGAACAGUGCAUGAUGCUGCCUUUCCUUGAGGACACAGUCCGAACCAGCGAUAUGAACAAUACCCAAUCAUGUGAAGAAGCCAUGAUGGGUUCAGAUAGUACUAGCUUGUACCGAGCAAUUGAUCAAAUGAGAUCCUGCAACCAGGAAUUCGAUGUCAACGCUGACUCCGAUCAGGCAGAGUGCUUUGAUCCACAAGUGUUCCUAAGAAAUUUACCGGAACUCUCAGAUGUGGUAUCAAAUUUUCAGCCCACUAUAUUGCCAAAGGAAGCUCAGAAUGGGAAACCUGUAACACUAGUACUUGAUUUGGAUGAAACACUUGUUCACUCCACAUUGGAACCCCGUGAUGAUGCGGACUUCACCUUCACUGUUUUCUUCGACAUGAAGGAACACACUGUAUAUGUGAAACAGAGGCCUUAUCUCCAUACUUUCUUGGAGAGAGUUGCGGAGAUGUUUGAAAUUGUUAUUUUUACUGCAAGCCAAAGCAUCUAUGCAAAACAACUUCUUGAUGUACUGGAUCCAGCUGGAAAACUUAUAUCUCGCCGAGUUUACCGUGAAGCAUGCAUUUUUGCAGAUGGCAGUUACACUAAAGAUUUGACAGUUUUAGGUGUUGAUCUUGCAAAAGUUGCCAUAAUUGAUAAUUCUCCUCAGGUCAUUUGAAGAACAUGCAGAAAUAUCUGCUAAUGGCAAAAACAGUAGGUAUGUGGAGUUUGUAUCACUUUUUGUCUUUAUUAGAAGUUGUACGUACAAUAAAUUUUCUGACAAAUUUCGAAUAUCUGAAGCAACAUUGAGAAUGUGCAAUCACGUUUGUAGAUAAUUGGAUUGUUACCUUUUUAUUACCUCUGUAUAGUAUUCUCUUCUUGCCAUCUUGUUUCUCACUAACCCAAGGCUUUGUAUUGUAUUGUAAUAUGACUAAAAGAGCAUCCAGCUUGUAGCCUUUUAUCUUCUAACACUUGUGGUUUGAUAAUUUCUAGAUACAUGUUAUUUUGACUUGAUGUUCCAUUGCUUGUAUCAUUCAAAUCGUGGUUUUCCUCUCCGAAAUUUUAGAAUUUGGCUUUGUUUAUUUUUGCGUUCACUUAACCACUUAUCUCUUUCAUGGAUGAAUAUCAUUUUUAGUGUUUAAGUUUUUACUCAGUUCAUCUAAAUGGAGAUUGCAUUUCAAUCUGUCAAUGGUGUGAACUUGGUAGGAUUUGUCAUGAAGUUGGUGCAACAAUUUUUUUGCCCGCUGAUUACGAAUCUAUGAUUUAGUAAUGCUAAAUUGGUAGCAAGACUCUACGAAUGUAGAAUUAUCAGACCACCCAAUUUCUAUGUAUAGCCCUCCAUUUUCUUCCCUCUUCCCUCUCCAUGUUUGGCAGGGAUUUUUUGGUUUUUCCUUCUUUUUAAGUUUAGUGGAAUCUUGUUACUCAUCUAGUCUUGAAUACACACGUGCACAGUCUUGUAGACUGAUUAGCAAUUUCAGCAGUGGAAGAGUUAAUUACACCAAUUGAAUUUUAAUUUCUUUACUAGAGGGAAAAGGGUCAAAGCAGUACAACCCACGAUAUCCAUUGAUUUGAAAUCAAUGUCUAUUACAAUUCAGAUGGGUGCAGGGAAUUCAGUUUCAUCUGAAAAGGAAAUCAGUUUGAUUUUGAUGGAAGUAUACUCGUUCACUCCCCUCAUUUCCUUAUUACCAUGGCAUGCAUUUAUCAAAAAGCCAGGAUGGAGCUUCGGAUUUUGGGUAUCUGAGGAGGAGGAAAUAAAGAUCAAAAUGAAGCCUAAACUUUUAGCUGCCAAUGCUUUAGCCCUGAAUCAUGAGGUGUACCUUUUUUUUUCUUGGUUUUUAUUAUAAGUAGAUGUCACAUCACAUAAUUUUGUAAGCAAAUUGAAGUUUGGAUUCUAAGAGUGAAAAUGCAAUUCAGGUUAUUGUUUUCUGGAUUUCCCUGAUUUUAAAAGCUAACACACUAAUGUGUACAAGACAUUCAAAUUCUUAUGUGUAAGCUUUUGAGUUGAGGUCUUCAUGUUAAGUUAAAAAGAGGAUCGAUCCAUGUUAUGCC